AUGCAUUAUCAACCAUAUGCCGGCCAUCACCGCGAAUUUGACCCUGAUGCCUCGUUGGUGCUGGUGGGCAUCCGUGGUUGCGGGAAGCGAUCAUUAGGCUUCGUCGCGGCUGCAGCAUUGAAACGGCGCUUCAUCACUGAAGACCACUAUUUUAAGGAGGUGACCGGUCUUACUCGGCAUGAGUACCUCCGACAGCUCGGGAGCCAAGAGUUCCAGCGCCGGGACAUAGAAGUCCUCAAGAUGAUGCUUGAUAACCACCGCUCUCGCUGCGUGAUCGAAUGCGGCCUGGGAAGUCUUACUCAACCUGUCCAAGACCACCUACGUCUAUAUUCCUUGACAAAUCCUGUUGUCUAUCUGCUUCGGGAUAUGGACCGUAUACAAGGCUUUCUGGGCUUGGAUGAUCCAUGCUUCCAAUUUCUCCAGCAUGGUGAUCCCAUGCACCGACUGUGUUCCAAUUUUGAGUACUACAACAUCGAGGAUGGUUCCAGCGUGCUGUCCAAAAUAGAAGAUGACACGGUAGACCGUGGCUCUGCAGCCUACUCGUUCAAGCUGAGGGAGGCCAAGGAAGAUUUCACUCGCUUCGUACGUUUCAUCACUGGAGGGGAUUCGAACCGUGCUAGCUACGACUCACCCUUCGUCCUCCUGGAGACACCUCCGGAAUGCCGAUCAUCCACCCAUGCCAUCUUUAUUCGUCUUUCUAAUCUCCUUGAAGGUGCCAUCAAUCUCAUCGAGCUCGAGUCGGGUGGAGACGUCAUUGAGCUCUGCGUGGACAGAUGGGACCCCAACAUGCCCAGCAUCGUGAGCAAACAGGUCGCUUUGCUCCGUAGAAAUUCUCGGAUUCCUUUAAUCAUGUCUGUUGACAUGCCAUCAAUUGAAUGUGGGAAUAAUGGUAUAUCCUCUGCACAUGAUUCCAGCCUCUAUCAUGACAUUCUAGAGCAUGGUCUCCGGGUUGCGGUGGAGUAUCUAGCUGUGGACCUGAGACAAGACCAGGCAAUAAUCAACCGCAUUAUCCGCAACAAGGGCACGACUAAAAUCAUCGGACACUAUGUGUUUGAGCAGUCAUCCCGCGUAUCCUGGGAAGAUGAGGGAUGUAUGGCUCUCUAUCUUGAGGCUGAAAAGCUUGGUUGCCAAUUGGUGCGUAUUCUCCGCGUGGCGACAGACAGAGCGGACAAUAUCUUGGUCGUAAAUUUUGUUCACAGGAUCGUAUUGUUGCCGGGGAGACAUCCCCCUGUCAUUGCCUACAAUAUUGGCCCUUUCGGCCGCACUUCUCAAUUGCUUAAUCCAAUACUCACUUGGGUGACACAUCCGGCCAUCAAGCGCAACCUGAGCAAUGAAUUGGAGCCUCAACUUACGGCGCGAGAUCUAGUUCGGUCUCUUUUCCACAGCUACAUGUAUGACCCGCUCCAGUUCUAUGUCAUAGGCGCCAGAGUGUCCUACAGUCUAUCCCCAGUGAUGCACAACGCGGCCUUCCAGCAUUGUGGUAUGAAUCACACAUUCAGCGCUGUUGAAGCCCCUGACAUCUCGGUGUUAGAUCGACUGAGCCAGGAUUCGCACUUUGGCGGUGCUAAUAUUAUCCAGCCAUGGAGGGAGCACAUUUAUCACCAGCUUGCGGCUAAAAGUCGCCAUGCCGAGGCGAUAGGAGCGGUCAAUACGAUUAUACCGCUCCGGGCUCGAGCAGACGGGACCGUAUUUUCUCUGCAAGAACAGGCCAGUCGUCGCAACCAGGCAGGGCGUGUCUUGGCAUGGUAUGGAGAGAAUACAGACUGGGUGGGCAUGAUGGUUUGCAUCAACCGCAAUCUUUCUCCGCGCAACGCUAUAAGUCCGUUGAAAACUUCGGGACUUGUUGUUGGGGCAGGUGGUAUGGCACGAGCCGCCAUUUACGCCUUGCUACAGCUGGGCUGUCGCAAGAUCUUUAUCUAUAAUAGGACGGUAUCGCGAGCGGAGACUGUGGCAAACCACUUCAACUCCUGGGUGACUUCAUCACAGGCUGAUUUGACCGGGGUCGUUCGAGUUCUGCCGUCAUUAGAAGUCGACUGGCCGUCCGACGCCUGUCCACCCUCUCUCAUAAUAUCUUGCGUACCGUGCGAUCCAGAUGGUGACCAACCUGCUGCCAAUUUUGAGAUGCCGACACAAUGGCUGGGAAGUCUAACCGGCGGAGUAGUCCUUGAGCUGGCAUACAAGCCCCUUUAUUCUCCCCUGCUACGGCAGAUGCACCACGUGAGAAGUAGAACAGGCCGGCCGUGGGUUCUGGUAGAUGGAUUAGAGCAUCUAACAGAGCAAGGCAUCGCCGUAUUCGAGUUAGUGACAGGGAGGAAGGCCCCGCGACGGUUGAUGACGCUGGAGGUACUGCGGAACUACGUUGGAGAGAAUGGGCGGUUUGAUGAGAAGACGAUUCAGGCGCGUUUAGAGAGCAUUUGCUAGGGCGUAUUCUACCUAUUCCUUCCCAUGCUCUAAAUAUACCUAGGUAAUAAACGACAAGCCGUAUUUCA